AUGGAUAAAGGCGGUCUGGGCUUGAAAAAUAUUGAAGCUUUUAAUUCUGCUUUGUUGAUAAAAUGGAAGUGGAGGAUAAUCAAAGGAGAACAAGCCAAAUGGAAAGAAGUGCUAUCAGCAAGAUAUGGGAAUAUUCAGCUGUUAAUUCAGAAAGGCAAGGAGGCGAGAUGCAACAGCGCAGUUUCAACAUGGUGGAGUGACUUAACAAAGGCGGAAAAUCGACACAGUGGUAAGGAUUUUCUGAGCGGCUGCAUCUUUAAGUUGGGGAAUGGUUCUGCAGUAUCCUUUUGGAAGGCGGCCUGGUUAAAAGAAUACUCUUUGCAAUCUAUUUAUCCAAACUUGUAUGAUCUUAGCACUAAGAAAUAUAUGAGUGUUGCUGAAGCAGGGAAGGAAGUAGAAGAGCACGGGCUUUGGGGAGAUUUCGGAAUAGUGCAUCCUUUGAAUUUAUCUGAAACUGUUAGUCUGGAAGAUUUAAAGAGUUCUUUGCAGGAUGUCUCCUUAAGCAGUGAGAGGUUGGAUAGCGUCUUGUGGAGGAAUUUCCCGGCGGAAGGCUAUUCCGUUAAGGAAGGCUACGGUCUCUGCCACGUUACGCCGGAGGUAAACGAUAGAGUAGGGGAGGCAGCCCAGCUGAAGGUUUUCGAAAGAUUGUGGAGGAUUAAAAUUCCUUUUAGAACCAAAGCAUUUGGAUGGAGGUGUUUGUGGAACAGAAUUGCAACAAAAGAUAUGCUGGCAAAAAGAGGCAUAGUGAGCAUCGCGUCUGAUAUUUCCUGUUGUUUUUGUUUUCGGUAUGAGGAAUCCAUUCAGCACAUCUUACUGUCUUGUCCUUUGGCGAAAAAGAUAUGCGAAGACGUCGGAGAGUGGUUAAGAGUUACAGCGGUUACCGAACUCUCUUUAAGCCAUAGUUUUAAUUUCUGGUUUGAGUUUUUCAGCAGCAAGAAAGUGAAAGCUGGAAAGGAAGGUUUCAUGUGGUUGGUUGUUUGUUGGAAUAUUUGGAACGCUCGCAACGAGAUUAUUUUUAAGAACCAGACUGUUUCGUUGUCGGACUUACGGUGGGACAUCAAGAUCAAAGCUUGGAAAUGGCUUACGGUGGGGGAUAUUACUCAUACCAAUAGUAAUUUCUACAACUUUUGUAAAGACCCCAUUUCCUGUCUUACUUAA